AUGACAGAUUAUCCAUGGGCCGGAUGCGAUAAGAAAUCAAUGCCGAUAGACUUGACAGAGUUUAAGGAGCUGGAUGCCUAUGCACAGAAGGUGAAUGUCAAGGAUACUGUGGAAAACCUGGUGAGCGUCUUGCUCCAAAAAGCCCACAGUGACCUGGAGAAAGUCCGAGCCAUUUGGGUGUGGAUUUGCCAUCAUAUAGAAUAUGAUGCGGAAGGCUGCCAUGACAGAGAGAAGCUGUCUUUGAAGCCAUCCGAUGUCCUUCAGUCAGGAAAGACUAUUUGCGCUGGAUAUGCUCUACUCUUUGCAAAGAUGUGCAGUAUUGCAGGGAUACGGUGUGAGUAUUUGGUCGGCAGAUCAAAGAGGAUGAAGAAGCACGCCUGGAAUGCUGUUCACCUUGGUGGAAAGUGGCAUCUUCUGGACUGCACGUGGGGAAGACGCAAGAACCUUGGCAGAUGCAACGACUUCUACUUCCUUACGCAUCCUGCUCUGUUUGUUGAGGAUCACUUCCCGGAUAACCCCAAAUGGCUGCUUCUCAAACAGAGGGUCAACGAAUAG